AUGGCAAUUGGUACGAGUUUCGUUGUUACAAAGAAGGGAUUGAUGCACGCUUCCGAAAGACAUGGUUUCGAAGGCGAAGGAUUCUCAUACUUGAGGAGUCCAAUCUGGUGGGUUGGUGUCAUCAUGCUCGCCAUGGGAGAAAUCGCCAACUUCGCCGCCUACGCUUUCGCUCCUGCAAUUCUAGUAACGCCUUUGGGUGCACUGAGUGUUCUGAUCGGCGCGGUUCUUGGUUCAUACGUCCUCGAUGAGCGGUUAGGGACACUGGGUAAAUUGGGCUGCGCCAUGUGUCUCCUCGGAUCCGUCGUUAUCGUCCUCCACGCACCUCCCGACACCCCGGUGGAUAAGAUCGAGCAAAUGCUGGCAUAUGCCCUUCGUCCCGGCUUCCUCAUUUACUGCCUGGCUGUCGCGGUCUUUUCCACGGUCAUGAUCUAUCGUGUCGCUCCAAGGCACGGCAAGAAGAACCCGCUCAUCUUCAUCUCGAUCUGCUCCACCGUUGGCUCGGUCUCCGUCAUGUCCAUUAAGGCCUUCGGUAUCGCAGUCAAGCUCACCCUAGGUGGCCACAACCAAUUCGGCCGACCGUCAACCUAUAUCUUCGCCAUUGUCACUGGAUUCUGCAUUCUUACUCAGAUGAACUACUUCAACAAAGCGUUGAAUGAAUUUUCAACCUCCAUCGUCAACCCUCUCUACUAUGUCACAUUUACGACCGCCACGCUUUGCGCCUCUUUCAUUCUGUUCCAAGGAUUCAAUACCACGGAUGCCGUCAACACGAUUUCCCUUCUCUGUGGAUUCCUCGUCAUUUUCACUGGUGUUUACCUCCUCAACCUCUCGCGACACGACCCUGAUGGCCACCACCUGGUCAACCCUAAAUAUGAUGAGGACGGAGUGCCUACAGACGGAAUUGCGAGCUUCCAGACUCGCCGGUCAAUGCAGCUUCGUCGCAGCAGCGAGCCGCACCGUCGAAGCUCCUCCAGCAUUUACCUGAAUGGACACGGUGAUCGCGAGGGGCUCAUCCACUCAUAUGAUGUGGAUAACCACAGCGCCAUCGGCCUGGAGGACCUGGCCGAGGAGAGCGACGGAGAGCCAGGACCGACCUACUCGAGCAACGAAGAGCGGGAUCGCACAGCUCAGCACACCAAACAGAACAGCAACGUCUGA